GCUUCCCCAGCGCCGUCUCCAGCUCCGGCAUCGCCGCCUCCUCCAGACACGGGCGCGCGCCAGUGACGCCCUUCCGCUGCCCUGCUUCGCGACGUCAUCAACAACGGCCGCGUCGGUGACGCUCCCCGGGAGAGGGCAUGGGGGUGAAGCUGGAGGUGUUCCGGAUGGUGCUGUAUCUGUCUUUCCCUGUUGCCAUGUUCUGGGUUUCAAAUCAAGCAGAGUAUUUUGAAGAAUAUGUAAUCAAACGAAAGAGAGAGAUCUUUCCACCUGAAAAUGAGUUCCAGAGAAAAGAGCUGGAAGCCUUCAAAGAACGAAUGAGGAAGAAGCAAGAGGAGCGACUGCUGCUACAGGGGGCUAAGGAGUAAGAGUGUGGCAUUCCCUUCUCCCCGCUGUGUUCUUGUGGAGCAGAGGACACACUCCUCAAAAGUUACCACAUCCUCCUCCUGCUUCAGCCCUACUAUUUUCAAGUAUUCCUCCAAAAGACUUUGUGGACAAUGGGGUGAAAAUAAUCGCAACGCAGUUCCACUUUGCCUGCUAGGGCUUUGCGGCCUUUCUCAGGCAAGACAAGACUAAGUCAGGAAUGACCGUAGGCUUUGACUUCUUGUGGCUGUUCUUCUGUCUUGUGCAACUGUUUAAAGCCCUUGAAUCAGCUGAAGAAAACGGGCUCACUUGAAUAACUUCUAAUAAACUCAAUAUGGUAUACAGCCA